CGCGCCGGGUGACCCAGAUCGCGGCGGCGGCGGCGGCAGCUCCGUGUCCCUCCCGGCUCGGAAGGACGGCUCGGGACGGCGGCUGCGCUGCGCCGCGGGGAUGGAGCGGCGCGGAGCGCACUAAUAUCCCCUGUGAAGAAGAGGUCAUCAGUGAUCAAUAUAUUACGGCUCUAGCAGCACAGACCAAACCAUCACCAUGAAACACUUCCUGAGGAUGUUUGUCCAGGUAUGCCUGUACUUCUACUGCAAAUGCUUGUGGCGCUGCCUGAAGUUUGUGGUCAGGAAACUAACAGGUCAAUGUGAAUUGCAAAGGAUCUGCUACAAUACCAAACCUGGAGCUGCCAGAACUAUGAAAAUAGAGGCAUCCCUGAAAGGUUCAAAAAGUAAGCGGCUUCAAACAUCAGUUAAUGUUCACCCUGAUGCUAUUGAAAAAACGAUAGAUGACAUCAUGGAGCUGAAAAGGAUAAAUCCAGAUAUAAAUCCACAGCUGGGAGUGUCUCUUCAGGCCUGCCUGCUGCAGAUUGUGGGCUACAGAAACCUCAUUGCAGAGGUGGAGAAGCUGCGCCGAGAGCCGUACGACUCGGAGAAUCCGCAGCACGAGGAAAUGCUGCUGAAGUUGUGGAAAUGCUUGAAGCCGAAUUCACCGCUGAAAGCUCGGAUUUCGAAGCAGUGGUGUGAAAUUGGUUUCCAAGGUGACGAUCCUAAAACAGACUUUAGAGGAAUGGGUCUCCUGGGCUUAUAUAACUUGGUGUAUUUUGCUGAAUGGGACACUGAGAUAGCUCAACAAGUUCUCACUGAUUCUCUUCACCCUAAAUACAGGGAAGUCACUAAGAAGGAACUAAGCCAACUUAGCAAAGCUGAGUGGGAGAAGAAAAAGUUUGAUAAGGCAAUUGGCUACUCUUUUGCCAUCGUGGGCAUUAACAUAACAGACCUUGCUUACAACCUGCUCGUGAGUGGGGCUCUGAAGACCCAUUUCUACAAUGUUGCUCCAGAAGCACCCACGCUCACCCACUUUCAGCAGACGUUCUGCUACUUAAUGCAUGAAUUCCACAAAUUCUGGAUUGAUGAGGAUCCACUGGACAUAAUGGAAUUCAAUCGUGUCAGAGAGAAAUUUUACAGGCGAAUCUUGAGACAGCUCCAGAACCCAGAGAUGGCUCUGUGUCCUCAUUUUGCUGCAUCAGAAAGUUUAAUCAAUAUGUAGUUGCUUGGUUGUUUUAAUUUGGAAGCACUGUCUCACUCUUGGUUUAGAUCACUGUUAGACCAUCACUAGCCUACUGAAUGACCAUGGCAAUCGUGUGCAUGUUUUUGGCGCAGUGUUCAUCUAUUUUUGUCACAUGAUCCCCUUAUGCUUCUCUUGCCGGGGAUUUUUCAUUUUAAAUGGGUGCUCAUAUUGCCUCAUUAUGCAGUGUUACCUUCUGAAUUGAUGUCCAGAUAUCAGAGUUUUUCUAUUUUUUUAGACUUUCCUCAUAAUUCAGCAUUGACAAUUGAAUUGUAUUUCUCUAGCAGUGUUUUUGUAUAUGUGGAAUAAGUAGCUGGAUCUUGUAUUGUGAAAGCUUUUUAACUUCUCGGUAUGUUUUAAGAUAACUACUGGCAUUUCAAGCAAAAUAUGUUUGGACCUCAUCUAGAAGAUAAUGUGAUUUAAUCUAAUUCAGACAAACACAUUUAAGUCCAGUUUUCUCCAUGCAACCAUUAUAUGCUUAAUGCAAAAUUAAUGAGGCUUAUGAGAUACAACUUUCAGUGAGAAGAGUUUAUGCAGAAUUAUGAUCAAGUGCAUGAAUACCAAAUGGUCUGGUGAUGCUAACACAGUGAGCUGUGAACACAUUCACAACUAACAGAUACCAGCAGGGGCCAAAAAUUAUAACAUCAGGCUGUUGUCACCAACACCACCAUGCUGAGGCAUGGUCUAGAUUCCUGCACAUUCCUUUGGAUAUGCAGAGGUUAGUGCUUUGUGUCACACGUUGGAAGGCAGCAUGAAUUGGUCACGUGGUGCUUGGUGAAUUCAGGGAAGCAAAGUUAUGUAUCUUUUUUUUGAACUACUGAAAAUGUUGCUUUGGUUGUUAAUUAUGUUCCUAAGAGCUGGGAGAAAUAAUUGGUUAGAAGGUUUAAAACAAAACUGCUUGUGUUUCCCAGACUACUUAUAGAAAAAAUUCAAAAUGGCAAACUGCCUUUUUUCUAAAACCAUAAAUGGAUAAAAGUGUUUGACACUAAGAUUGUGUAGUAUACUGAACAACAUCUACCAUGGCAUUUCAUACCCAUGGUAUUUUUUACCUUCUAAGCAAUCAAUUUUAGUAUUAUAUGUUUGUGUAAAUCACUUGCAUAUGGAGAUUAAAUUGAGUAGUGUCCAACUACUUGUGAAUAUAUGAAUAAAUUAUACAUCAUUCUAAA